AUGGCAGCUGUAGCCUCACAACCUGUACAUGCUCACCAGCAGCACCAGCAGUAUUACCAACACCAACACCAGCAGCAUCAGAUGUAUCAACAUCAUUCACAAUCCAUAAUGGAGGAUGCAUCGGAUGACGAUCACGACCACGACCACGACCACCACAUGAAUGGUCAUGACGAUGAUGAAGAUGAUGAUGAGUCUAUAGAAGGUGAUGUCAACGUGAUGGAUCCCGCCCAUGCUCAUUUCUACCAUCAACAGCAGCAGCAGGCCCUAUACUACCAACAACAUCAACAACAACAUGGCAGUCAGACCGACCUGAACAACCCAGCUGGACCAUCAUCAAAACAGAAUAUGAAUAACCAGAAUCAUGGUGGUAUCGAGGGAGAAGAGGAGAUGUAUUCCGAUGAGGAGAGUGAUACGGAUAGUAUGCCUGAUGAGAAUAUCGAUUUUAGCUUGACAUACGCUUUACACACUUUUCUAGCGACUGUCGAAGGUCAAGCCUCAGUGGUCAAAGGUGAUUCAUUGGUAUUACUCGACGAUGCCAAUUCGUAUUGGUGGUUGGUACGAGUACUCAAAACGGAGGAUGUAGGAUAUAUACCUGCAGAGAACAUCGAAACACCUUACGAGAGGUUAGCCAGAUUGAACAAACAUCGUAAUGUCGAUUUAGCAGCUGCUACCUUGUUAGAGAAACAAGCGGGUACUGUACAGGGAAGAGAGAAAUUGAAAGAUGUGAUUGCCUCAAAAGCAAAAGGCUUGAGAAGGGAUCUUUCGGGUGAAGUCAGUGCAGAGUCGGGUGGUGGAGGUGGAAGAAGGGUGGUGUUCGCUCCUCCAACCUAUGUCGACCAUCCUGGUGUGACGUGGUCAAGUGAUGAGGAGGAUGAAGAUGAUGAGGGACAUGAUGAAGACGAAGGUGAAAUGGAGGUUGAUCAAGUUGAGAAUGAAUCAACACAGCAGCAACAUCAUGUCCAAUCAGGCGAUGUACGGCAUGAAGCUGAAGUGCACAAAAUCGAACAGUCACUCGAGCCUGAUUCGGAGAUGGAGCCUGAUGAUGGGGUCGAAUGGGCUGAUAAUGCAGCUAUCGAAGAUCAACGUCGAGUCAUGGAACAGAAACAACGUCAAUCUCAACUCACUAGCACUGUCCAACCUAAAUCGAAUAAUCCUUUCGCACCUAGAGAUACCACUUCCAAUACCAUUCGACCUUCCGCAUCUAAUACAUCCCUUGCUUCCAGUUCUGGUGGAAGUGCGAUAAUGGAUCCUGCUCAAGCAGGCAACGAGACUCGUCGAUUGACAGUCACACCCGCAGUCGCCUCUGGACCACUCCUUCCAUCCGCUAUGCAAGCCCAGCAGAGCGGUACAUCCCGAAGCGUCUCCGGCCAAUCUGCACAAUCAGUCCAAUCUGUGUCUUCCGUCGUAUCGACCGGAUCUUCCCAGCGCAGUACUACGCCUACCAGCCCAGAGGAGAUGAACAAGAAGGGCAAGAAGAUGAAAAAGGGAAGCAAAGAAGAACUCGAUAAUGGUGACAAGAAGAAGAGAGGUAUGCUUGGAGGGUUGUUUCACCGUAAAGGAAAGGAUAAAGGUGGUAAAGGGGUAUCAGGAAAUGAUGCUAGAAGUUCCGAAGAGAGUAUGGUUAGUGGUGCUAUAGAAGGUGGUCCUAAUGGCCAACAGCGUCGGUCAGAAGAAAGGUCAGCACCACCAUCCUCACUAUCUCAGCUACAGCAACAGCAACCCUCUCAGCAAUCGCAACCAUCACAGCAGGCUCAACAACAGAAUGGUGGUAUAUCGUCUCAUGGCUUACGAUUGCAGCAACAAGAUCAAGCGAGGAUGCAAUCUUACACCUCGAAAUAUCUCAAUAAAUCCCCUUCGUCAGAUUUGCACUCUCCUACUGCCGAAGAAGCCGCCGCGGCUGUCGCACAGUCUGCUGCUGCUAUGCGUCUGGCUGCAAGUAUGGCCAACAGUAUGGCCAAUAUCAAUGGUAGCAACAACGGUGGAAGUGCGAAUGGUGUAAGACCAAGUUCGAUCAUCUUAUCGCCUAAUCCCGCUGGACCACCUCUGUUAAACGUAAUUAGAAUUUUCGCUGGUGAUCAUAUCAAAUCUGAAUCUUCCUUCAAAACCGCUUUGAUCAACGAAACCACUUCUUCGUCAGAUCUGAUCAAACAGGCCAUGCAACGAUUCCACCUUACUAUCAGUUCCUCAUCAAGUCAUACGAUGGAUAAUGGAUAUUUCAUUACGAUCCGUGAUGUUAAUGGAGAAGAAUACGAAUUGACCUCUGAUGAGAAGCCUUUGAUCGCUUUCCAAGAGGCGGUACAACGAUGGGCGAACGAAUCGGAUGAAGAUUUAACUUCUCGGAUAGGAGCUAUCACACCUACAGUCAAACGAUCUAGUGUUAGUAGUCUGUCAAGUGUAAUGAGUUUAUCGAAUCAUCCGGCAAUUGCUAAAUUGGGUAUGAACGAUUUCUCGGAUGAUUCGACCGUCAAGAUAUACUUGAAUAGACGAAGACCUGGCUCGGUGCAACUGAACAACAACAACCAUGCUGUUUCAGGAAUGCCUGAACCGGCGAGCGAAUUUUCCAGUUACAGUACGCAACUAUCGACUGUACAAGAAUCAGAGGGUGGUAAUGAAACUAGUCCAGAGAAUCGCUCUGGGGAGUGGACCAAUGAUGGCCAACACGUAGAUGGAGAUGUGACACCACCUGCAAGGGCUCAACCGAGAUUCAACAAUUCGUUGUCGAUACAGAUCAAUAAUAAUAACAAUCACGAAUUGUAUGAAAGGUAUUCGUCUCCUUCGGCAAGAUUUACGAUCCAGUUGAUAAUUCAUCAGAAAGAUUUACCCGAUAAUUUGGCUUUUGACCCUUCGAGCGAUUCGAUCGUACCUAAAUCACUGCUCAAGGAGAGACAAGUGCAGCCUUCGUCGAAUGGGGAUGAUUCUAGAAAGAGGUUGUUUUUGGUACCCAGGAAUGUCAAUGUCAUUGAAGCUAUCGAACAGGGUCUAGAGAGAUUCGGUAUACAGGAGGGUGUGGUGGAUGGUGGUGACGAUGUGGAGGAUAAGAUUGGUAAGAGGCGGAGCGUGACCAGAGUGAGAUACAAUCUGGCAGUGGUCGUAAAUGGUGAAGAACGAUCAUUAUCUACUUCAAGUCGAAUCUUGGAAGUAUACGAUCAUCCACCAAACCUUCGACCGAUGGAAAAGACCACUCCGGCUGAGCGACGUCGUUCGCGAGACUUGCAGAAUACAGUCGGGUCACCUAAUGAUAUCUUACCUACCGAUCCGGUCUUUGUGCUACGUCGAGUACAUAAUCAUCAACAGCAACAGCAACGCGGCUCCAAUGGUUUAGCAAAUGCUAAAAUAGAUUCAGCCACUUCGACCCCCAGACAGUCGACAUCCUCCAGUAAUGGUACGGAUACUCGAUCACCCGCUGAGAUCAUAGCUGCUCAACGAGCUGCCUCUCGAGCGAACCAGAAAGCAUUGAUAUCGGCACAUACAAACCAGACUCAAGGUGUUGAUAUUGUCUUACCUGAUCAGAAAGGCACUUUCAGAUCGUCCAGGUUGAUCGAGAACGAUGGUGAAGAAGUGGUGAGGUAUUCGUAUAUUGACGGCGAUGGUGAAACAUACGAUAUCUCGGAAUUACUGGAAGAAGAAUGGGGAGGUGAUUCUCAGCAACAGCCACAGCAGCAAAGUAGUAAACCAGCUUUGAACAGAUCAGGAACAGACCAGUCUGCGUAUAUCACCGCUCCUUCCACACCUGAAGAAGGACUAGAGAAAGAUAAAGUUCUGCAAGAAUUGCCUGGUACGAGACGACGAACGAAUUCGCAAUCUCAAGAUAUCCUAAAAGGUGUAGUACAAAGUACGGUUGAACAGGGUCAGGAAAAGAAUUUACAAGAGAAACUGAUCAGGGUGAUUGAUAAAGUCAAAUCUGGUUCGGUGAAGGGGUCAACCUCAAGUGAAGAAGUUGUAGCUGCUUCCCAACACAGUAGGAUAGAAAGGGAAAGAGAAUCACCUUCACCUGGUAGACAGACCCCGAACGGUAGAUCCACGCCCCAACAUCACCCGACAUUAUCUUCUUUACCUGAAGGUAAGAUGUCCGAUCUGAAUUCUACACCUCGAGCGUCCUCAAACAACACUUUCAAUUUCGGUGAUAAUUCCAACGCUACUCCACGAUCCAAUUCCAGGACAGGACAGUAUAACUCGACUGCUCAAUCGAUCAAUAAGAUUAUUUAUUCUAGACAUCGUCAACAACCUUCUAUAGCUUCUAUCAUGUCUGAUCUGGAAGGUACAAACUCAUCAUCAAGGAGACAAUCGACAAAUCAACAUGAUGAUUCUUACGACGAGGAUGAACAUGAUGAUGGUACAGAAGGAGAUAGAUCGUCUACACCUGUUACAGCUACGUCAUCCACCCACCCCACCCCACCAUUCAACGGUGCGGUCUUCACGCGAGCGGUGUCGGGAAGCAUCAGUCCGACACCUAGGGGUGGUCCGGUGAGGUACAAAGACGAUUUCGGUAUAAAGGAAAUGAUGGCUAUUAUAGAAAUUAGAGCUAGAGAAUAUUUGCCCAGUGGGACAACAAGUCGAACAGGUGGUAAAAGGAGAGGAAGUGAUAAAUCCACGUCAACUUCGUCAACAAGCUCAAAUGACGAUAAGACGAGAGAAGAGGUAGAAGAAUUGGAUAAAUUGUUAAGUGGAGAAAAAUUAAAUUUGGAUAAAGAAGAAGGUAUACAUCCAGAAAUUAAAAAUUGCUUUGAAAGUCAGAUCAAGAGGUUGGAAAAGUUCGAAAAUGAUUUAGAUAAUCUAUUGGCUCAAGUUGCUGAAUUGUAA